CUUGUUAGGUGCAGCUAUUAUUUAAUAUCGCAUAACACGCGAUUUAUUUGACCGGUCCAAUUGUCUGAAUGAAAAUGUUUCGCAAACAUGUUGGAAGCAUAUCGCGCAUCUCGACACAGUUACAGCGAGGACCACCAACCGUUGGCAGCAUUGCAGGAUUAUCAACUGAGGCAGAGGCGGCACCGAAACAGGAACGCGUGGAUGAAAAAAUUACCGAAUUCCGCACGGCCAUAACAAAUCCCGGUGGGCAUUCUCCCCUUCAAAUAGCCAAAUUCUAUACAAUUCCUGCAGAAGAGAAGAAACGAAUUUUCGGUGGAGGCGGCCUGCCAAAGCAAUACGAGCUGCAGAUAAAGACCUUCACGGAAGCCUGCCUUAUGGUCCGUUCGCCUGCACUCGAGCUGCUGCAAUACAUUAAACAGGCAGACUUAAGUAAGCCAGUUGUUCGCUACGUGCUUUAUGGCGAAAACGGCGUUGGCAAGUCAUUGACCAUGGCCCAUGUGUUGCACUAUGGCGCAUUGCAUGACUUUUUGCUCGUGCAUGUGCCUUGGGCGCCGAAUUGGAUGAAGCGCCCGAAGGAGACGGCCAAUGCAACGGGCCAGGAGGGCUUUAUUGAUUUGCCUUUUGAUGCUGCUGCUUGGCUCGUGCAUUUCAAAACGCAAAACGCACAAUUACUGCAGAAAUUGCAGCUGAAGACGAGUAAGGACUACGUUUGGAGUAAACGCGAAAGCACGCCAACAGGCUCCUUGCUGACAGAACUGGUUGAACACGGUAUUGCGAGAAUCAAAUACGCCUCAGAAACGAUAGCUGCUGUGAUUAGUGAGCUUAAACAACUCUCUACAGCCGGCCAGUGUAAGGUCAUGGUAGCUAUCGACGGGUUCAAUGCUUUUUUCCAUCCCGAAACUCGUAUAUUUUCGGACAACAAGCAGCGGGUUACCCCAGACAGAAUAACGCUAACACAACCAUUUCUCAACAUAACAAACUACGACUGGACUAAUGGUGUUUGCAUUCUAUCUGUCGACAAAAUCGCCAUGACCGAAGGCUACAUGGAGUCGUAUAUGCCGCGUUACCUUCUGGGAAAAGAUGGCUUCGAGCACCUGGAUCCCUUCGUGCCAGUGCAUGUGGACAACUACACGGACAAGGAGUUUACGAACUAUAUUAGUUACUAUGUGGAUCGCUUUUGGAUUACGAAGACCGCCCCGGAUCUUGAGGAUCAGUUAAAGUUUAUGAGCAAUAAAAAUCCAUAUACAUUGAUGCAACUUGUGAGAGGCCUUUGAAUAAUUCUCAAAAAGGCGAUAGUGGUUAAUAAUAAAAGUGUUUGUUAAAUAAUA